CUUCCAUUUCUUAACAGAGUACCAUUUCUCAAAUAAUAAGCAUAUUAUUUCUCAAUUCCAUUUUCUUCUUGAGGAAAAUACAAUCUUCCCACCAAUUUUGUAUUCUUUCCAAGAUUGUGUGAACAAUUGUUGAGAUCGUUUGAUGCAAUUGGAAUAAAGAAUUUCCAUUGCAGUAUAGCCCUAAUCAAAAUCCUCAAAUUCAUGAACACUGUAAAGUUUCAGUUGAUCGCGAUAAAUCUUACUGAAUUCACCGAUUAACGAUCGUAACUUUGAUAAUUUUGAGUUAAAGAAGAAAAUGUCGUUUUCAUUUUUCAAGCCUUCUCGGCCUAAAACCCCACAGGAGCUGGCGAAGGCGAUCAAAGAUAGUCUCAUGGCUCUCGACACUAAAACGGUUGCGGAAGUUAAAGCCCUCGAAAAGGCUUUGGAAGAAGUAGACAAGAACAUAAUGACAAUGAGAACUAUGCUCUCAGGAGAUGGUGAAGUUGAACCAAACAUGGAUCAAGUUUUACAACUCACACUUGAAAUCUGUAAUGAAGAUGUUAUAUCUCUGUUUAUUCACAAGUUAUCUAUUUUGGGAUGGGAAGCUAGGAAAAAUUUGGUCCACUCUUGGUCGAUAUUGUUGAAGCAAAAGGUUGACUCUGUAUGUUGCUGUGUACAAUACAUGGAGAACCAUCUAGAGUUACUGGACUUCCUCGUAGUCUGCUAUGAUAACAAGGAAAUUGCUUUGAAUUGUGGAAAUGUGCUGAGGGAAUGCAUCAAAUUUCCUACUCUUACGAAAUACAUAUUGGAGUCUCCAAGUUUUGAGUUGUUUUUCAAAUUUGUGGAGCUGCCUAAUUUUGAUGUUGCUUCUGAUGCAUUUUCUACAUUUAAGGAUCUGCUCACUAAACAUCCACUGGCAGUUUCUGAAUUCCUGACUACUCACUACAAUGAGUUCUUUGAGCAGUAUGAAAAACUCUUGAUCUCUGCCAACUAUGUGACAAGAAGGCAGUCCUUGAAGCUUCUUUCUGAAUUUCUUUUGGAGUCUCCAAGUUCCCAUAUAAUGAAGAGCUACAUUGCCGAAGUUCGCCACUUGAAAGUCAUGAUGACAUUGCUGAAGGAUUCGAGCAAAAACAUCCAAAUAUCUGCAUUCCAUAUUUUCAAGGUUUUUGUGGCUAACCCUAGCAAACCUCGAGAGAUAAGAAUCAUAUUGGCAAAGAACCGUGAAAAGCUGUUGGCGCUGCUCCACGAUCUCUCUCCUGGCAGAGGUGGUGAAGACGAUCAAUUUGAAGAGGAGAAAGAAAUGAUAAUCAAGGAAAUAGAAAGAGUGUCUUGACUGCGUAGUAAGUACGUUUUACAUUUCGGUUUUUUGUCAUUGCAUGUUGCAUGGCAUCUGGUUAUAGUCUUCUCCUCAGCAUUUUUCUUUCAUUUUUUUCUCUCUCUUUCUUUCUUCUUUUUUUCCCAGUUUGUGAGGUUGUAGUGUAUUAUGAGCAACUGAUAUUGAAUUGCGCUUUUCUUUUUUCUUUUUUGGUUUGAAGGAAAUGAUAGUAGUAUUCAUUUA